CAAGUAGUUUCUGAACAUGUAGGCAGCAGGGCAUAUGAUAGGGAACUAAGGGCCGACGAGGCCGAAUCUCAGCGCGGGCGCUGACGAUGAUAGAAACAUGAAGUUAUAAGAACCGCGGAGAGGCGGGGCGAGGGGGGGCACCGGGGAAGAUUUUUAGUGCAAAAAGGAAGCCAGGUCCACCGAAAGAUCUAAGAAAUUCCCAACACUAGAACCUUUGUAUAUAGUUUUCAGUAAUCUUCGGCAGGGGGCGCUCGGAAAUUGUCGCACUUUCCGGGCAACCUUCAGGACUUCACCCUCUAGAAACCGAACAGUGUUUCCGGCUCUUCUCAGUUGUGGACGCUCGUAAGUGUUCGGCAGUUUCCGGGGAGACUCGGGGACGCCGCUUCUCGCUUCCUCGGCUCUGAUCCCCAGUCCGGCGGGCAGGGUCCUGGGCUAGUCAUGGCGUCCCCGUCUCGGAGACUGCAGACUAAACCAGUCAUCACUUGUUUCAAGAGCGUCCUUCUGAUCUACACUUUCAUAUUCUGGAUCACUGGUGUUAUCCUUCUUGCCGUUGGCAUUUGGGGCAAGGUGAGCCUGGAGAAUUAUUUCUCCCUUUUAAAUGAGAAGGCCACCAAUGUUCCCUUCGUGCUCAUCGGCACUGGCACUGUCAUCAUUCUUUUGGGCACCUUUGGCUGUUUUGCUACCUGCCGAGCUUCUGCGUGGAUGCUAAAACUGUAUGCAAUGUUUCUGACUCUCAUUUUUUUGGUUGAACUGGUCGCUGCCAUUGUUGGAUUUGUUUUCAGACAUGAGAUUAAGGACAGCUUUAAGAAUAAUUAUGAGAAAGCUUUAAAGCAGUAUAAUGCUACGGGAGAUUAUAGAAGCAAUGCAGUAGACAAGAUUCAAAGUACGUUACAUUGUUGUGGUGCCACAAACUUUAGAGAUUGGAAGGAUACUAAUUAUUACAUAGAAAAAGGAUUUCCCAAGAGCUGCUGUAAAGUUGAAGAUUGUUCUCCUCAGAGGGAUGCCGAUAAAGUAAACAAUGAAGGUUGUUUUAUAAAGGUGAUGACCAUUAUAGAAUCAGAAAUGGGAGUUGUUGCUGGAAUUUCCUUUGGAGUUGCUUGUUUCCAGCUGAUUGGAAUCUUUCUCGCCUACUGCCUCUCUCGCGCUAUAACAAACAACCAGUAUGAGAUAGUGUAACCAACAUUACAUAUGCUUACUCCUUUCCAUCUUUAAGGAUAUUUACAUUACCCUCUGUGAGCUACUAGAUUGCCUGGUUUGGAAAACUGCCCCAUGUUACCCAUUGACCGAAAAGCUACACCAAUAGUCUGAUUCAAUCUAGACAUUUGUCCAAUAUCGUAUAAGUCCACCUUUUGUCCCUAUCAUCAUGUAAGAUCAUUGAAACUUUCUUCUCUCUAUGAAACACUGGAAGAGCUAGUAAAUUGUAAAUGAAACAAUGUUUGCUUGUUCCUCUUGAUUAUUGUUUUUCUCAAUGUAGGGCUUUUGAAAGGCACUGUGGAUUUUCUGUUUUGAUGUACUGUUAUAAAAUGGGAAAUUGACCCCUUUGAACUGGCCCCUUCUCAGCCAAGGUUUAUGUAAUUUGAUUGCAUAAUUUGCAUCAAUAAGGUAAAAUGUUUUCAUUAGUCUCUCUCUGUUCUGAUAGGCAUUGUGUAAUUUAAUUCCAGCCACGAGUUGGAUGGCACCCAUCAGAGUUGCCAGAUGGUGGUAACAGUCUCUGACCUAAGGUACCCAAGACUAAAGGGCACUACCAUUUCUGUGACACAUCAGAUAGCAGCACACUUAUACUUUACAUUUCUUUGCCUCCAAGUUCAGGUGUUUAUAUUUCCUCCAUCACUUGAAAGGUUCUAAUUAAUGGUGUUAGAAUUAGUGUGUUUUCCUGAGAAAUUUAAAGCAACUCAUCUUCAUUAGCUUUAGCUGGUAUUAUUUUACCAGAUUGAUAUGACUUAAUUAUCAAUAUCAUGGUCAACUUUAAUAAUCUUAGUUUUGGUUUAUGCCUUUGAUUCAUAAAUAUGACUUUUACACGAGAAAUAUUGUUUUCCUCGAAAUUCGUAUUUAAAUUCACUUUUAGAAACUACUGAAUGGUUAUUUUCUACUGAGAAAGCUAAGCCCCAUAUUUCUAUUUGGAAUACAGUUUUAGAUAUGAAAUGUAGAACUGAGCUAUUGACUAUGAGUUUUUUUAUUCAUUUAUUGCUUUCAGUUUUAUAUCCCACAUAUGAGUGAGAUCAUAUGGUCCUUAACUUUUUC